AGUACAUGAAACUUGAAAGAGCGCACGCGCAAGCCGAAUUCACCAUUCACGUUGACGUCCAUUAUUGAUUAUAUUUAUUUGCCUUUAUUGCAUACCCAAAUUUUGAUUUAGUGUUUCUGCAAGAUUUCAAAGAUGCCCAACAUCAAAUUGCAAUCCUCCGAUGGCGAGACGUUCGAAAUCGACGUCGAGAUAGCGAAAUGCUCCGUUACAAUUAAAACCAUGUUGGAAGAUUUAGGAAUGGACGAUGACGAAGAAGAAAUCGUUCCGCUACCUAACGUCAACUCGGCGAUUCUAAAGAAAGUCAUCCAAUGGGCCACGUACCACAAAGACGACCCUCCGCCACCGGAAGACGAUGAGAAUAAAGAAAAACGCACCGACGAUAUCUCUUCGUGGGACGCCGACUUUCUGAAAGUCGACCAGGGUACUCUCUUCGAAUUGAUCCUAGCCGCCAAUUACCUCGACAUCAAGGGACUGUUAGAUGUAACGUGUAAGACUGUCGCCAAUAUGAUUAAGGGGAAGACGCCAGAGGAGAUUCGCAAAACGUUCAAUAUCAAAAAUGACUUUACCGCCUCCGAAGAGGAGCAGGUGCGUAAAGAAAAUGAAUGGUGCGAGGAGAAAUAAAUUGAUUAUUAUUAUCUCAUUAAAUUGUAUUUGUAUCCUAAAUUUGAGAAUUGUACUCGAUAGCUGAAUACUACUUGUUGAAUUAGAAUUUUCCCAUUUUCUUAAUAUUU